AUGUCUGCUGCCAAUAAGAUCCUCAAAGCCGAGCCUUCUGAGCUCGAGCUCCAAGUUGCUCAAGCUUUCAUCGACCUUGAGAACUCUUCUGCCGACUUGAAGGCCGACCUCAGACCCCUUCAAUUCAAGGCUGUCCGUGAAAUCGAGGUUUCCGGCGGUAAGAAGGCCAUUGUCAUCUUCGUCCCCGUUCCUUCUCUCAACUCUUUCCACAAGGUCCAACAAAGACUCACCCGUGAGCUCGAAAAGAAAUUCUCUGACCGUUACGUUAUCUUCCUUGCCGAGAGACGUAUCUUGCCCAAGCCCGGCCGUAGAUCUAGACAAACCCAAAAGAGACCUAGAUCCAGAACUUUGACUGCUGUCCACGAUGCUCUCCUUGAGGACCUUGUUUUCCCCACCGAGAUCAUUGGCAAGCGUGUCAGAUACCAAGUUGGUGGUUCCAAGCUCCAAAAGGUCAUCUUGGACUCCAAGGACAUCACUACUUUGGAGCACAAGCUCGACUCUUUCCAAUCUGUCUACAACAAGUUGACUGGUAAGCAAGUUGUUUUCGAGGUUCCCUCUGUUCAAGGUGAGGUCUUUUAA